AUGAGUACCGAUCUAUCACUUCGUGUGAGUGUGUUCUCCGAACAAGGAGGGAGAAAAUACAUGGAGGAUGUUACCGAGAUUGUGGUGGAAUACGAGCCGAGUGAAGAUGAGCUCGGUUCGAUUGGACACGGUGAUCCAAAAGUAGAAUGCAAAUCAGAGGACCCUCUUGUCGAACGGGACGUCAACGAUGCAUCAGAACACACAUCAGAGUCUGUUCCUGUCACUAUAACUUGGACAAAAAAUAUAGGAACCGACGCGUUUGAGGAUACUCAUGUUGGGGAAGCAUCGGAGCCUGAAACAGAUAUUAAAACAGAGACGCGAAAGUGUGUUGCGUUUUUUGCUGUAUUCGAUGGGCACGGAGGUCGAGAAGCUGCACUUUUCGCCAGAGAUCACCUGUGGGAUUUUCUCAAGAAGCAAAGAGGAUUUUGGUCAAAAGAUUACAGUGAAGUGUGUGCGGCUAUUCGUAAGGGCUUCAUUGCCUGUCACCAUGCAAUGUGGAAGAAACUUCCUGAAUGGCCCAAGACUCUCACAGGACUUCCUAGCACCUCAGGUACCACAGCCAGUGUGGUUGUGAUCAGGGGGGACUGCAUGUUCGUGGCCCAUGUGGGCGACUCGUCUGUAGUGCUCGGUGUAAGGGAGGACCCCUCCGACAAGGUCAUCAAAGCUGUGGAGGUCACACAGGAUCAUAAACCAGAGCUGCCCAAAGAGAGGCAGAGAAUUGAAGGGCUGGGUGGCAGCGUGGUAAAGAAAUCAGGAGUUAACCGUGUGGUAUGGAAACGGCCCAGGCUAACCCACAAUGGACCAGUGAGGAGAAGCACAGUCAUAGACCAGAUCCCAUUCCUGGCUGUAGCCCGUGCUUUAGGUGACCUGUGGAGCUAUGACUUCUACAGCGGAGAGUUUGUGGUUUCUCCGGAACCAGACACCAGCGUGGUCACUCUUGACCUAAGACGACACCGCUACAUCAUCGUAGGAAGUGACGGGCUGUGGAAUAUGGUGCCGCCGCAGGAAGCCGUGACUGUGUGUCAGAGUCACGACGAGGCCGUGGGUCCUUUUGGCAUGUCGUGUGCCAGGAGGUUAGGGUGUUACGCUCUGCUGAGGUGGAGGCAACGAAUGCUGCGUGCAGACAACACCAGUGUCAUCGUCAUCGCUUUGCCAGAGCCCGGCAAACCUCAUCUACCCAUGCACAGGGAUGAAGUCAUGCUUAAUCUGGCUGAGGGGCCACCGUGUGGCCCUACAUCAGGAUCUAGGGCCAGUACCCCCCUCAUUAAGAUGCCUGAUGAAGAGCUGUCAUCUCCAGUGAGAGAGUGUGCACCUGUACUGGAGAGAAGCAUUGGCCUUUGUGGAGGUGGUCUCAACUCAGAGACGUUGAUGGAAAUGGACUGCCAACAGCCCGAGGUGACGGCCAGCAUGGACAGAGGCCUGGCGGUUUUGUCAGAGCAGGGCAAACGGACCCCUGAGGCGUCGUCGGGCCUCUCUAGCCCGGCGGGGAAGAGACCCCGGCGUAACAUCCCACGAUCCCCUCACAGUCGCAGGCCCAACGAGAGACCACCCCUCAAACGCGGCGCCAAGACCCCCAAACGCACACCCAACGUCCCCAUACUACAGCAGCACCGCAAGGCCGCUCUGUGUGUGUGCUGAACCACAGUGUUAAAGCUUGAA